UCCCUCUCGCUGUAUUCGACAACUCGUUUUCUCAACUGGACGCUCUUUUCCGACUUACUAGCAGUCAGUACGUUUCAGUUGAACUGAUAGAGUCACCACUUACUCCUAUGUUUGUGUAUUUGAGUUGCAUGUGGUGGAUUUUCCAUGGAAACAGUGGUUGGAGUUGAGUGGAAUGAUGAAGGGAAGGAUGAAGAGAACGGGGUUGAGAAAAGUAGCUCUGCUCUGUCUUCACCAAAGCAGAUUGCCGAUCCGGUUAUCUACAAGCUUGUCCGGGUUGAAGGAGAUGGGAGAUUAGUGCCAGCAACCGAUGAUGAAUUAAUGGAGGUUGGGGAUUUUCUUGAAGAUGACAAGAGUGAAAUGCAUGAUGUUGCUGACACUGUGCAGAUAUUGGGCUGCAUGUGCAACGAAGGGUUGUCCUCUGAGAAGACUCUGAUAGAAAGCUCAGAAGGUUUAUUGAAGUCGAAGAACUCAGAAGCUGAUGCUUGUAAGCUAAAUGCACGGCUUGAGGAAUGCUUUCCUUCAUCAACUUUAAGUUUGAAAGACAACCAUAUCAAUCAAUUUGGAGACAUUGGAGGGUGCCCAAAGCCUCCGGAUAAAAUGAUGGAAAGUGGAUCAUCAGUUGCUGCUGUCUGUGCUGGUUUGAACCCUGAUUUUUCCAAGUUAAAGGGGGAGAUUUGCUUGGAUAAACUAUCAAUUAGAGAGCUUCAUGAAGUGUUUAAAGCAACAUUUGGGCGAGAAACUACUGUCAAAGACAAGCUUUGGCUUAAGAGGAGGAUAUCCAUGGGAUUGACUAACUCUUGUGACAUAUCAACCACAAUGUUCGCGAUUAAAGAUAACAAAUUGGUGAAGAACGGUGACGAUGAAGGCAACAAGGAUGUGGAUGGUUCAUUCACCCAUGAUCCAUCAGUUGGAACAAUUGAUGUAAACUGUAAAGGUUCACCAAGUAGCCAUGGCAGCCAAUCUGAAGAUCAUCAAAUUGGUUCUGGCAAGAAAUUAAGAAAUCAUAGUGUGGAACUUGAUAGUGGAAGUGAGCAGCUUCAUACAGAACAGAGAACAGCGAAAAGAAUUCGGAAGCCCACCAAGCGAUAUAUAGAAGAACUAUCAGAAGUAGAUUCCAGAGAUUAUAGCCAAAGGUUGAUGAGUUCACCUAAGAAUGCUGGACUUGGCCAGAUCGCCCCAAGAUCUUUUGCUAGGCCUGUUAGAAAUGUGCUGUCAGAUGGGAGAACUGUUGUCACUCGGUUGGACUCUCUUGGCGGAUCUGGUGUUCAUGUUCCAUACGUUUCUCGGGUUCGAAGAAGCCGUCCAAGGAAAAAUGUCAUGGCUCUUAUGAUGUCAAAUGAGUCAGGCAUUGCUUCACUCUGUGCACAGUGCAGUUGUAAUUUAAAAUUCCAGAAGUUCAAUCCAAGUGGCAUGGGCAUGGCAACUAAACUGGUAAAGAAAGCCCUUGGUGUACGCAGUUCUCAAACAGAUGAGGAUAUUGGGAGCAAAGUUUUGAAAAGGAAAUCUUUUGUGGAUCAGAUUCGGCAGCCAUUCUUUGCUGAACUAGAGAAAGAUAGGCAGCAUUCUAUAAUGAGCAGAAGUGAACUGGAAGAGAAUUUGAGGAGGACACAGGCAAAUUCUUCCGGAGAUAAGUCAGAUGAUAAUGUAGUAACUGUUCCCACUGCAAAAGGUGGAAUGAGAAGGAAGCAUCAUCGAGCUUGGACUAUUGUUGAGGUUAUGAAAUUGGUUGAGGGUGUAUCUGAGUGUGGAGCUGGAAGGUGGUCUGACAUCAAACGACUUGCUUUUGCAUCCUAUUCAUACCGCACAUCCGUUGAUCUUAAAAUUUUAACGUGUAGGACAAGUGGAGGAACCUGCUAAAAGCUAGCUUCGCACAGGCACCUCCAGAUGAUGUGAUGAACUCGCGGAAGCCCACUUCAAUGCCCAUUCCUGAGCCGAUUUUGGAACGGGUGAGAGAGCUUGCUGAGACGAAUGCACGGGUUCCUCCAAAUCUUGGCACAAGCAAACCGACUGUGGGUAGUAGAAAUUCGCAGGAUACAAUGUCUGGAUACUUGUAACAUUUGUAAAUGAUACCGUUUUAGUAUUCCAGAGUGAAAAUAAAGUUACUUUUUAUCU